GUGAGCCCCCCAUCUGCCCGGUGUGCGGGCUGAGCUUCGAGGGGCUGAGCUUCGCUGGACGACCACAUGGCGGGGCACAACAAGGAGAAGCGUUAUGAGUGCGACGUGUGUGGCAAGGCCUGCCCGUGCCCGAGCGAGCUGGCGUCCCACUGGCGGGUGCACACGGGAGAACGCCCCUUCGACUGCUCGGAGUGCAAAAAGAGUUUCAAGACGGCCAAUGUCCUGGAGGCCCACCAGCGAGUUCACACGGGCGAGAAGCCCUAUGGAUGCUCCACAUGCGGCAAGAGCUUUACCAGGUUGUCGGGGCUGCGGGAGCACCAGCGGGUGCACAGCGGUGAGCGGCCCUUUACCUGCUCCGACUGCGGCAAAGGCUUCAAGUCGUCCACGAACCUGAAGGUGCACAGCCGCCUGCACACUGGGGAGCGGCCCUACACCUGCAGCGAAUGCGGCAUGGGCUUCACCAAAUCCAGCAACCUGCUGAAGCACAAGCGCACCCACACCGGCAAGCGUCCCUACACCUGUGCCCAGUGCGGCAAAGACUUCACCCACUCCAGCAGCCUGCAGCAGCACCAGCGCACCCACACCGGCGAGCGUCCCUACACCUGUGUCCAGUGCGGCAAGAACUUCACACAAAACAGCCACCUGCUGGUUCACCAGCGCACCCACACUGGCGAGCGCCCCUACACCUGUGACCAGUGCGACAAGGGCUUCCCAAGCUCCAGCAACCUGCUGGAGCACCAGCGCACGCACACCGGCGAGCGUCCCUACACCUGUGUCCAGUGCGGCAAGAACUUCACCCAAAACAGCCACCUGCUGGUUCACCAGCGCACCCACACUGGCGAGCGUCCCUACACCUGUGCCCAGUGCGACAAGGGCUUCACCCACUCCAGCAACCUGCUGAAGCACCAGCGCACCCACACCGGCGAGCGCCCCUACACCUGCGCCCAGUGCGGUAAGGGCUUUAUCUACUCCACCAGGCUGCUGUCCCACCAGCGCACCCACACCGGCGAGCGUCCCUACACCUGUGUCCAGUGCGGCAAGUGCUUCACCAGAUCCAGCAACCUGAUGGAGCACCAGCGCAACCACACCGGCGAGCGCCCCUACAACUGUGCCCAGUGCGGUAAGGGCUUCACCAGAUCCAGCAACCUGAUGGAGCACCAGCGCACCCACACCGGCGAGCGCCCCUACACCUGCGCCCAGUGCGGCAAGGGCUUCACCCAUUCCAGCAGUCUGCUGAAGCACCAGCGCACAUGCACCGGCGAGUGCCCCUACACCAGUGCUCAGUGCAGCAAGGGCUUCACCCAUUCCAGCAGCCUGCUGAAGCACCAGCGCACCCACACCGACGAGCGUCCCUACACCUGCGUCCAGUGCGGCAAGGGCUUCACCACCUCCAGCAAUCUACUGGAGCACCAGGGCACCCACACCGGUGAGCAUUAA